AUGACUCGCUUCAGAGGCUGUAUUGAUAUCCACUCUGGCCAGGUUAAGCAGAUUGUUGGUGGUACAUUAUCUGGUGAUGACGUCCAAAGAGAUGAAGCGUUGACCACGAAUUUCGUCUCGAGUCUUCCGUCGUCUCACUACGCAUCUCUGUACAAGGACAACAACGUUAGAGGGACACAUGUCAUUAAGCUCGGGUCCAAUGAAGCCAACGACAACACUGCUAAGGAGGCGCUGAAGACAUGGCCAAAUGCUCUGCAGAUUGGCGGUGGCAUCAACUUGGAGAACGCACAGUACUGGAUAGAUCAGGGUGCUUCGCACGUCAUCGUCACUAGCUGGCUAUUCCCUAACGGUGAGUUUGAUCUGUCUAGGCUACAACAACUCUCUGAGACCAUUGGAAAGGAUAGACUCGUUGUUGACCUGAGCUGUAAGAGACAGAUCAAGAACGACAAGGUUUCGUGGGUCGUUGCCAUCAACAAAUGGCAAACAUUGACGGACUUCCAGCUCUCAAAGGAGACAUUUCAAGAGUUAUCACAAUACUGUGAUGAAUUUUUGGUCCAUGCCGCAGACGUCGAGGGCCUAUGCCAAGGCAUAGACGAGGAGCUCGUUGUGAAGCUGGCUGAGUGGUGUAAUAUACCAAUCACAUAUGCUGGAGGUGCGAAGGACGUUGCCGAUCUCAGAAGAGUUCAAGAACUCAGCCAGGGGAAAGUCGACCUCACAUAUGGCAGUGCUCUUGAUAUAUUUGGUGGAAAGCUAGUUAGAUUUAAAGACUGUGUUGAUUGGAACAGUCAACAUUGA